AUGUCCGCACCGCGGCUUAAGGCAGACUACCGCGCUCCGGAUAUCUCCGAGACCUUCACAUCAACGGUGCCAUCUCCUCCGGCGGACGGGACGGUCCAGGAUGUGGCCACAAAGACAGCAUAUCUCUCUGCUCUGCGGUCCGGCGUUACAGAACUGCAAGGCAACGUAAACACCUUCUUGACGCAGAGGAUGGAAGACGAGAAAGCAGCACAAUCAGGAGCGACCGCUUCCCGUAAGACCAAGGAGGAACGAGAGGAGGAGAUGUAUGGCGAGGAAGACCCGGAGGAUGCAUGA